AGCAAGCAUUCCAUAUGCCGCUCUCACCUAGCUGCCGCUACCACCGUUACCUCUGACCUCCUUGACAUCUGAUGCCAACACCCAACAGAACCCACCCACCCUCGUUUCCACUUGUUUCAGCUUUGCAAAACCGCAUACACAAUUCCUCGCCAUUGCCUUUCCCUUCUCCUGACAAUGGUUCCGACGAGAACGACUACUCUCCGAGACGAUGGACGGGGAUGAAAGCGCGGCCGCGCAGGCUCAAGGCAGAACAACCAAGCGAGACCGGUUCAAGGGCGCCCUUGCGCGGACAAAAUCCAAAUUCAAGAAACACAGUGAUAAUAAGAGUGAAGACACAGAUGUUCUGAGCGACGACGUCAACGACUUCCUCGCCGCAGGGAGAACGUCGACGUCGAGUUGGACCGAGGGCAAACAAACACCACACUCGGACGCUCCGAAGGACUAUGCGUCGUUGGACACGUCGCCGGACCAGGCCUCACCGCGGCCAUCGACGUCCGACUCGACGACGGUACCUAGACAAUCGCCCAGGAGGAUUGUGGUGCCGCGGAUCGACGUCUCGAGUUCACAGAGAUGGCCCGGGCAACAACCGAUCGGUCAACAAGGACGUCAAGGCGAAUCCGAACCCGCAUUCUUACGACCAGAGUACCAUUCAAGAAGCCAGUCUGCUACAUCGUUGACGAAGAGGAAAGGAAGAGCAAGAGGAUUGAGUGUCACUUUCAUCGACGACCCACCUGUGGUUAUAGGCGAAGGAGGCGACGAUGCCCCAACACCUCCGGUUGAGAUAUCCAAGGCAAAGGCAAAGGCACGCGCGAGAUCUGUUUCCCCCAUGUCAUAUCGGAGUCGACCAAGGGAUGCCGCGACGAACGACAGAAGCACACCCAUAAAUGGUCCUCGAGGGCAUCAUCCACCACCAGCCAACCGACAUGAACCGCCCGACGUGCUGAAGCCUAGAGGGCUGCGGAGAGCUCAGACCGGCAUGUCACCUUCCCCAGGGAGCCCUGCUUCUGGCCUGGACAGGGAAUUCGAGAUGACCCUUCGGCUUGCACCACCCGUGAGCUCGUCCAACGGUCAAGACACUUCCCAAACGCCCCAGAUCAUUGCCCCGAAACCUGUCCGUCCGGCUCAGCCACCGCCGGCCGUGAUCGAAAAACCAGAGUCUCAACUGGAGAAGACAGGAUUAUCAAGCACCGAUCUGAAGAAUCGCUUUCGAGAAGGAGAUGUUCUACGAAUGCACCACGAUCCUGAUGCUCCCAAUGUUGAAGAGAUGACUUCGGCAUCAGCCAUCAGCAAAGAAGUCAGUCCUGACCAACAAGAGGAUCGUUUCGGCUGGGUGUGAUCCCCCACACACUCGUUGUGCUACUCUACUGAGUUGACCCGACGUUGUCAGAGCUUUGAAGCCUUGAAUGAGAUCGUCCAGCAGAUCUCUGUCGUCCUCAAUACCCACGCUUAUCCGCAAAAGAUCUUUCUCCACCGUCGAGUCCGUCAUCGUCCGCCAUUCAAUCAAGCUUUCCACACCACCAAGGCUGGUCGCAUGGUGGAAGAGGUGCAACUUGCUCGGCAAUGCCCGAGCCAGUUCUGGGGUCUUCAUGACAAUGGAGAACACCGGGCCAUAGCCGUUUGGCAUCUGCUUCCUUAGCCAGGUUUUGUAGUCCUGGGUCUGAAGACUGGCAUGGUGGACCUUCUUCAAUACGGAUUUGAUGGUCUCUACCUCGGACUGCGAAAGUCCUGUACCGACUGUUGCUCCGGUCAAUGCGCCAUCGAGGGCAUCCACAAGCCGUUGCGCACUUUGACUUUGCCUCAUGACCCUCAAUUCCAAUGUCCGCACACUUCUUACUCCAAGCCAGCCUUCUAGACCACCCAUUACCGAACCCAGAAAUAACCUGUCCUCGAGCAUUUGCGGUAUCCAGUCCUUGUUCUUGACCGCCAGAACUCCGCAGAGCAUAUCCGAGUGUCCGCCGAUAUAUUUUGUGCCAGAAUGCAUGACAAUAUCAGCUCCGUGCUUGAAAGGGUCUUGCAGCGGUGGCGGUGCAAAGGUGGCAUCGACGCUGAGAUAUGCUCCUCUUGAAUGGGCAAUGUCUGCAUAAUGCUGGAUAUUGAAUGCCAGACCAGUCGGGUUGACGGGUGUCUCCAGGUGUACCAGGUCACCCUUUUCGAGCUCCUCGGGCUUGCAGUCUAGCGGGAGGAUCUUGCAUCCCGACAGUCUCUGAUGCAGCUUCAAGACUCCAUGACAGCCGUGGUAUCCAGCGCCAACUGCUACUCUUUUUGGGUUGAGGAACGUGAUCAGCGCAUUGAACGCCGCCAAGCCGGAGGAGUAUGUCAUGCAAGGGUUGCGCAGGAGAACUUCCAAGAUGGCUUCAAGCCUUGAGGUGCUGUGUGUGGUGUGUCGGGAGUAGCAGUGCUCUCCUUGCUCAUUGAUGGGUGUGGGACGCUCAUGGAAAGGGCGUAGUCGCUCAGGGUCCUUGUCGUAGCGAAAGGUCGUACUGACGUGGAUCGGCGGAGCAACGUCGUUAACCACAUUGAGAGGAUCGUCGGCGUGGACGGCUUGUGUAGCGGGAGAUAGUGAAGAGAUGCGUAGGGUCUGGAGGUCCGGUUCUUCUGUACGAGAGUUGGACUGCGCUGGAGGAGGAAUUUCAUCCGUGUCGACGAAGUGCGUGCCGUUGGUGGCCAUCUUGAUGGUCUGGUUUUUGCUCUAAUCUAGAGAUAUGAUGAUUGACCAGAAACGCUCCUAGACUUAAAUAAGGGAUCGGACAAUUACACAAGUUCAGACUCG